UCACUUUCUGAUUCCCAGUAACUUACACACAGAUCACAUGAGCACUAGGGCACAUAAAAAGGCACUCAUAACAACAGCGAGCAGCGCCCUGCUGCACUUCAAAUCUGCCCUAGGAACAGCUACCAGAGAAGGAAAACCAUGAGUAUCAUUUCCAAGAAUGACUUCAAGAGCACUCUGCUGCAACUAGAAUGUCAUUUUACAUGGAUUUUGCUGAAGGAGGAUGUGGAUCUAGAUAACAUAGAGGACAAGACAGGCUAUCAGAUUGAGUAUCAGUGCAUACAAUCCAAUGUUGCAAGUUACAAUAUGCUAUCGUAUGUGUGUUACCUAAAGCAUUUACAUGAGGAUGCCCUGCAAAAUCUACAAAAAGCUGAAGAAGAAAUUGAAAAAAAUCAUCCAAAUGAAACAGACAGGAGAAGUCUUGUUACCUGGGGGAACUAUGCCUGGAUUUAUUACCACAUGAACAGAUACAAAGAAGUUCAAGCCUAUUUAAGCAAAGUGGAAGAUACCUGCAGAAAGCUUUCAAGUACUGCUCGCUAUAAGAUUCAGCUUCCAGAGAUCUAUGCUGAGAAAGGGUGGGCAUUAUUAAAGUUUGGGAGAACGUACUAUGGCAGAGCAAAGGAGUGUUUUGAAAAUGCUCUGAAGAAUGAACCCGACAACCCAGAAUUUACUGCCGGCCAUGCAAUAGCAACGUAUCGUGUGGAAAGUAUGACUCUGGGAAGCGGCGAAAAUGAAAGCUCAUCCCUGGAACCCCUGAGGCGUGCAGUGGAACUGAAUCCAAAUGAUACUUCUGUUGUGGCAUUACUUGCGUUAAAACUUCAGGAUUUAAAUCUAGUUGAGGAAGGGGAGAGAUACAUUGAAGCAGCAAUGGAAAAAACCCCUGAUCUUCCUUAUUUUCUACGAUAUGCUGCUAAAUUUUAUCGAAGGAAAGGACAAUUGGAUAAGUCACUGGAGUUGCUGAAAAAAGGCCUAGCAGUGACACCAACAUGUAGCUUUUUGCAUCACCAGAUAGGACUCUGCUACAGAGCAAAACUGUUUCGACUGAAAAAGCCUACAAAGUAUGCCCCCAGAGAACAAGUGGAAGAACUCAUUCGACUUAGCAUUUUUCAUUUUCAAAGAGCAAUUCAGCAAAAGUCAACAUUUUUUUCUGCCUACAAUGACCUAGCAAUGAUGUAUGCAGAAGGAAAUAAGUAUCGAGAAGCAGAACAGACAUUUCAGAAAGUGUUUCAAAUGACGAAUCUACACAGUGCAGAUAAACAAGAGCUCUACUACUAUUAUGGACGCUUUCAGCAUUUUCAUAGGAAAUCAGAAUCUGAAGCUCUUAAAUAUUACACAGAAGGGCUGAAAAUUGAGACUGAUUCUGCCGGGAGAAUUAAGUGCAAAAUUGCUCUGAAGAAAUUGUUGGAACAGAAAAUUCAAGAACGUUCAGCAGAUGCAGCAACUUUUAGCACACUUGGACUCAUCCAUCGACUAAACAAUGAGAAACAGCAGGCAAUUGAGUGCUAUGAGAAAGCCCUGAAAUUGGAUCCUGAAAAUGAAGAACAUUGGAGUGCAUUAUGCGAGCUACGACGUUCAUCUUAAUCUAAAGCUCCCAAGAAUUCUCUCUCACAACCCCCCCAACCCCCUCCAAAAAAGUUUCAACAGACUCUCAGAACUAUUUUUUUUAAGGUUGAAAUUAUAACCAGAUGAAAGACAUGGUAGCAUCACCUUCUGGCGAUAACGUAGAAAUUGAAAGCGUUGAUUCUUCAUUUGCCAACUAAGAGUAUGCUUGCUAACAUUCAAGAGCUCUGAGUGCUCUUCAAUAGUAACAUUUCUAUAAAGGCUGUAUUUGAGUUGUGAUCUCAAGGACACAGGACUUCUAAGUUAGAAAUCGUAUCUUCCACUGAGAAAAAGGGAAUGGUAAUAUUGUAACAUUCAAUCUAUCCCCCACCAGGGUAGAUAUUUAAUUUACCACCCACCAGGUUUCCUCUUGCAAAGGUGGCCCUGCCUAGGGAAAGACAGGAGAGGGAGAAGAACAGGACAGACUGGAAGCAGGACUGACAUGCCAAUCCUGAAAGUUGGCAAGAACAAAACUGGGGUUGAACUCAGGAACUGGCGAUUCCCUAUCACGUUGUACUGCCUAUGUGGGCAAAACAGUACAUUAGGUGACCCCACUGCCUUUAUCAAUCUUGAGGUGUCUAAUAUCCAUGCUGUUUCCCUCUAAACCCUUCUGAGGGCAGCAGGGAGGAAUUCAAGAUUGCAUUUGCACAUCCCUGCUCCCCUCCACAGCCUGCUACCAGAGCCCAUCCUGCCCCUUUCCUGGAAAAUAAGCCUUGCAGAAAUAAAGAGAAGCAAUAAAAUAUUCCAAGGAGAAAAAUGUGAGCCUGAAAUUUUCAUGAGUCAGAGGUUGUCUCCACCACAAUGAAGUGAGUCACAGUGAGACCCCACAAUUCAAGAUCUCUUAUUUAUCGUGCCUUGCCUUGUUUUGGCUCUGGAGGAUUGCGAUGGACUGUGGUAUACUACCCUGGGAUGCUCUGUGCAAACAUUGUUUUCCAGACCAUGUUUAAUAUCUCGAAAAUGCAAAGAACUUCGUUCCCACAGGGUGGUGCUGCUGCAUUGCCGGCAUGGUCACCCAGGAAAAAGCCUGAGCCGGAGCUUUUGGUAGCAGACAAAAUGAAAAGCAACAUACAGUGUCCAGUGCAACUGCCAAAACAGAACGACGCAGGGGCUGAACGCAUCUCAUUUGCACGAAGUGCGAACACCUCCAUGGAAUCUGCGCUUUUGGUGCAGGAAGAAGAAAGGAGUGAAGACAACCCUGCACAGAGUACUCAGUUAUGAACCAAAAUACCAAAUUACAACACAGCAGAGUUGUCCAAAGACUUACAAAUAUAUCCAUUUUAAAAACCAAUUAAAGAUCAUAUUAUGCACUUACUUACACUGAAUUUAUUUUCACUGCGUGGAGAAGAGUAUUAUUCCAAGCAGGAUCUGCCUGAGGUAGGAUCCACGUGUUUCUGUCUUGGACAGAUGCUACCCAAGCCAGGUUAGACCACGCUGUCCCUGGAAGCUAUAUAGGCUCAGCAGGGCAGUGCUGCAGCCAAGCUGAAGUUCACCAGGGCCCAGCAGGGCUAGCAGGAACGGGCAGUAUUAUCCUGGCUAUUUAUUCACAACUGGCUUAGGUAUCUCUGCCUACAACUGCACUGUGCCACGCCAGCAUAUCCUGUAUGGAGAACAGCUUGAAUAUUGUUGCUGCAUAGUUCUGUUUCCAAGCAAACAUUUUCUGCUGAAUUAGUUCUUUAAAACAAGAAUUAAUCCUAAGUGCAACAUACGAAUGGAAAUGCCUACAAAAAAUACCUUGAAAUAAAUAAAAAUUUAUCUGAAAACACUAAUCAUUUGUUACACAGUACUACUUAAUAGGGUAUAAAUGUAUAUAUUAUUAUUCCAAAAUUCUUUCAUAAUAUGUAAUUUUGGCAUGAAUAACUGCUGACAUGUCAUGAGGUUGAAAAAAAGUAAUUAAAAUUUUGUUAACAACAGCA